AUGGGCCACCUCAAACUCAAUUUCGACGGUGCAUGCGACUUGAAGAAUGGAAUUAGAGGUAUGGGAGUAAUUUUCAGAGACUAUAGAGGAAUUAUGAGAGGUGCACUGGCUGUCCCACAGGUUGGCCACCUCCCCCCAAGAUCAAUUGAAGCAUUGGCAUUACUGCAUGGCCUUAGAUUCGCAGCCCAUGUUGGUUUCGCUCACAUUGAAAUCGAAGGUGAUGCACUCUCAGUUAUCAAUAGCCUACAUGAUAGUUCGGAGGAUUUGAGUUUUGAAGGUCAUUUAAUUGAUGAAGUUAAGUCUUUAAUUCAGUCUUUUCAUUUUUGUAGUUGCCAUUUUGUGAAACGAGAGAGGAACAAGGUUGCUCACCGGUUAGCAAAAGAGGCUUUAAAACUUAGUCAACCGUUACUUUGUUUGGAGUCGGGGCCUAUUUGGCUCCAUCAGUCUGUCAGUAUGGAUUUCCAGUGUGAAGUCUAG